AUGCAACUUUCUCUUUCUCGAUAUCAGAAAAAGAUCAUCAUGAAACUAUUGGUACUUACUGCACUUGUAUUUAUUAUCUAUGCUGCAUCAACAACAUUCGCAGCUGACGAUAAUCUUUAUGUAACAAAAAAAGUAUACUUUGAUAUUGAAAUUGGUGGUAAGAAAGAGGGUCGUAUUGUUAUUGGUCUAUUUGGAGAUGUUGUACCAAAGACAGCCGAAAAUUUUGCACAAUUAGCAGCUGGUACAAAGGGUUUUGGAUAUAAAGGUUCAAAAUUCCAUCGUGUUAUUAAAAGUUUUAUGAUCCAAGGUGGUGAUUUUGAUCGUGGAGAUGGUACUGGAGGCAAAAGUAUCUAUGGUGCUAAAUUUCCUGAUGAAAACUUUAAAUUACAACACUAUGGUGCUGGAUGGCUUUCAAUGGCUAAUGCAGGUAAAGAUACCAAUGGUAGUCAAUUUUUCAUUACCACAGUUAAAACUGAAUGGCUUAAUGGUCGUCAUGUAGUUUUUGGAAAAAUUCUUGAAGGUAUGUCUAUUGUACACAAAAUUGAAAAUGCGAAAACAGGUGCCAAUGAUCGUCCAGCAUCCGAUGUUGUUAUUGCUGAUUCUGGUAUUAUUGAAGUACCGCAAAAAAUUGCCGUCGAAAAAAUGCCAGUUGAUCCUAAAGUUUAA